AUGGGAGCCUCUCGGAAACCAUCUUCCUCAGCAACUGGACUAUGCGGCUACUCCCCAAAGGAAUGCGGUAGUGAUUAUUCUUCCAACUGCAAUGCAAAGGCAGAAUGUGGCCAGUACGGCGCACCUGGGAAACAAAACUGUCCAUUGCGGGUUUGCUGCUCCGUGUUUGGAUUCUGUGGCUCGACGGCUGACUUCUGCGAGAAGAAGUGCCAAAAAGACUUUGGUGGCUGUGGCAAAGUCAAGCGCCCAUCCUGCGGCACGGCCUCUGGUACCACAGAUGGCGUAUCCAUUGGCUACUACGAAUCUUGGUCAAACACUCGCAAGUGCCAGUCCGUCUCCCCCGAGGACCUGAACCUGCGUGGGUUUACCCAUAUCAACUUUGCUUUCGUUUUUUUUCAUCCUCAAACUUAUGAGAUUGUCCCCAUGAACAAGAAAGCGGGCGACUUAUUCCACAGGUUCACAAAGCUCAAGGAGAAGAAGCCAGGCCUGCAGACAUGA